GCAUUCUGGUAUCUUGCACUUCUUCAGUCUUUUCUUCUUUCUCUGGUAUAAUUAUAAAUACCCAUAUCCCACUGAGUAAACUGCGAAGCACAAUCUUUGUAUUUUGGGUAAUGGAACUCAAUGAGCAGGGUUUCUUAGAGGAGCUAUUAUCCCUAAGAAGAGAGACUUGGGAUAGUCUCCCUGCUUCAGGAAUGAACGAGUUCUUCACCCAUGGGUGGAACUUGGGUUGUUUCGAUGGAAACCCAGGACUGGUCGGCCCUGAUUCUUCCUCAUGCGGUGGAUUCACCAUUUCGACUGAACCAGGCGUCGAUUCUUCAUUGAAUGAAGUCUACUACCCAUUUGGAGAUGAAUUCUCGCAGCUGCUUCCAGAUAUGGUGGAUUCAUCAUCUUGUGAGAAAGGAGGAUAUGGUACAUUGCCAUUCCCGACCAGCCAGGAAGAAUGCCCUUCCUCGGUCAUGGAGGAUGAAGAGCACAGUGCGGCCUUGAAGAAUAAGCUUCGCAAAUUGGAAGAGCUUCAGACAGGUUGUAAGGUGGAGCCAGUCCAAACCACUGAUGUUCCUGUUUUCAACAUGGGCUUAUGUUUAGAGAGAAAGAAUCGAUCCAAGAAGGUAGAGGGUCAGCCUUCCAAGAAUCUAAUGGCAGAGAGGAGGAGAAGGAAAAGAUUGAACGACCGCCUUUCCAUGCUCAGAUCAGUCGUUCCUAAAAUAAGCAAGAUGGACAGAACAUCCAUACUUGGAGACACCAUAGAUUACAUGAAAGAGCUCCUGGAAAGGAUUAAGGGUUUGCAAGGGGAAAUUGAGGAGGGUUCGGAUAAGUUGAAUCUGAUGGACACAUUCAAGGAGCUAAAACCAAAUGAAGUCCUGGUUAGGAACACACCCAAGUUUGAUGUGGAAAGGAGUAAUAUCGAUACCAGGGUCGAGAUUUGCUGCGCAGGGAAGCCUGGGUUAGUGCUAUCAACGGUGACCACCUUAGAAGCUCUGGGCCUUGAGAUUCAACAAUGCGUCAUAAGCUGUUUCAGUGAUUUUUCUAUGCAUGCUUCUUGCUCUGAGGAGAUGGAGCAGAGAGCAAUAAUAAGUUCUGAGGACAUAAAGCAAGCAUUGUUCAGAACUGCAGGUUAUGGAGGGAGGUGCCUGUAGAAAUCAAAUCAAGGAGUAAUAAUGUGGCCAUUACAGGAAGCUUUACUUUCCAGGGUGUCAAAGAAAUGGGUUUCCCUUCUCUUUUCAAAUUUCAAGCGUGAGGUUGUGUACUUGUGAAGUAAAACUUUCUAUUCAAAUAUGUGAUUGAUAUUCAUGGAGACCCAUCAAAUAACACAACCCCAGUUUCUGUAAGAUCGGCUUCGAUUGGAAGAUUAUUAUUAUUAUGGCUGCUUUCUUGCUGUGGCCAGUGGCCACCCAAUUAAACAAGUUCUUAAUAUCUCCA